AAGCGGACAAAAUGAUCGAAAACGAAUAUAAGCAAGUUACGAGCAGUGGACAUAAGACAGUUCUUGUUUGUCUAUCACGCAGUACAUGCAGGUAGCGCUAAGACAAAAGUUACAGCUUGUGGAUCACUUGUCAAGAGUGUUCAUUGAUUAUUAUUUCUCUACAAACGAGGUGGCAAUCGAGCGAGAUUAUUUUCCAGUGUACACGGUGCAACAUCAACCAUGAUCGCUAAAGCAUUAUUCACACUAUUGUUUUCCUCGGUACUGCUCACGGUGUCGAGCGCGCAUCUAUGGGAUGCUUACGUGCACAUGGUCAAUUUCACUGUUCACGAUGUGGAAUCAUUAGCAUUGCCCAACGUGGACACGAUUUCAUUCAAUCUUUAUACACGACAAAAUCCUGAAAAUGGUACACUUAUUACAUUGAACGACGCGAGGUCCGUUCAGGCGAGCUACUGGAACAUGACUAAGCCAACUGCCAUCCUCAUUCACGGUUGGAACAGCGAUGGCAGUUCAGAAUUCAACACGAAAAUUCGUGAUGCUUUCUUUCAAGUUAUGGACAUCAAUGUCAUUGUGGUUGACUGGGGUAAAAUAGCUCGGGAUUUGGUCUACAGCACUGUAGUGUUCGACGUGCCAUACGUUGCUAAACAUGUAGCCGCUUUCAUCGAUUUCUUACGAACGAAUGCGAACCUACGUUAUUCCAAUCUGAAAAUUAUUGGUCAUUCUCUCGGUGCUCACGUUGCAGGCUUAGCUGCAAAAUAUGUGUCGUCGAACGGAUUGGUCGCGGAACUUGUCGGUCUCGACCCUGCUAAGCCCUUGUAUGAAGCUCAAGGUCCAGAUGGUCGAAUUGACCGCUCCCAAGCACAGUACGUUGAAAUUGUUCAUACAUGCGCUGGAUUAUUAGGCCUAGCAAAAAGUCUCGGUACUUCCGAUUUCUAUGCUAACGACGGAAGGGACCAACCAGGAUGUAGCAUCGAUUUAACUGGGGGUUGCGCGCAUGAACGAAGUUACCUGUACUUCAUUGAAUCUAUUAAAAACCCGAAAGGAUUCCCAGGCAUAUCUGAGUCUGACAGAAGUACGGCGUAUAUGGGCGGUGCUACUCUCGAUCUCAGCGCUAAGGGUUCCUAUCAUUUCAAUACUACCGGCACACCACCGUAUACGGUCAACAAUUAAGAAUUCUUUACAAUUUGGAUCCCAGCAUAACCAUGCCCAUGGCGAUGCCAGCAGCCUCGCCGGUAACAGCGUCGUCCUGAUAGAGGUUGAACUUCAAUUGCUCGUAAACGUCUUGCCUAUGGGAGCCCAUGGCAGCCAGGCCCAGCCCCAGACAUCCUCCAUGGCGAACCAUCUGUAAACAAAAAUUAGAAAAAUAUAUUAUCAAAUAUUUUUAAAUCUUGCAAAA